GUGGUGACGCCACAGGCCCGGUGGUGACGCCAGAGGCUCGGUGGCGGCGGUGGCGCAGGAUGGCGCUGAACAGGAGUCACUCCGGCGAGGGCUGUGUCGUCGUUCCCCAUGGCGAGAGUGUUCUCAAACAAUGUAAGGAUGUGGAGCUCUCCUUCAGUGACAUGACAGGCAAGCCUGAAGCUUUCAAAGGCACCAAGAAAGGGAUGCUGUACCUCACCCCUUACAGAAUGAUCUUUGUGUCAAAGGGCAAGGACCCGAUGCUGUCUUUCAUGAUGCCCUUUUAUUUGGUGAAAGGAUGCUCAAUCGAGCAGCCUGUUUUCUCUGCCAAUUACAUCAAAGGGCAAAUUCAGGCUGAGGCAGGAGGUGGCUGGGAAGGGCAAGGGACAUUUAAACUGACUUUCAACAGUGGAGGAGCCAUUGAAUUUGGACAGCUGAUGUUCAAAGCUGCCUCUAAUGCUUCCAGUGGUGUUCCUCUCCAGAACCCUGGCUAUGGCUAUACACCUGUGCCCGGAGGGUAUGCACCCACCCCGCCUGCUUCUGGGGGCUACUCGCCUGCAAUGGGGGGCUAUGCUGCUCCUCCACCACCAAACGGACCAUAUCCUUACACACCACCUCCAGUGAAUGCCUAUGGACCUGCUCCACAGCCCAUGGGAUAUCCAUAUGCCCAGACUCCAGGUAUUUACCCACCACUUCCAAACAUGAACCCUGUGUAUGUGCCACCUCCUCCCCCCUACUCUGGGCCAUCUCCUGCAGGACCCUCAGCCCCAUCAACUCUCCCCGGAUGGGCAAAUUCUGGGAUGCCAGGGGGCAGUAAGGCCAUGGAAGCUGCGUCCAGCGCGUAUUACAACCCUGCCAACCCACACAAUGUGUACAUGCCCAUGGAUCAGCCACCUCCUUAUACGCCUCCUGAGGAUAAGAAGAAUAACUAACAGAUGGAAAUUGCAAACGGCCUCCUCUACUCUCUCUCCCUGGAGCAACUUGGCUGUUGCUACAUGUCGGCUUAGCGUAUCUCUAGGUCUCUGUAUAGAUAACAUAUAUGUAGUGCUGGGCAGCUGAGCACCUGCCCUUCUUAAGCAUUAAGUCAGUGGCACAACAAGGCAGAACAACAGCACUUUCCUGCUUAUUUAUCUCCUGGGGCCACAGCACUAACCUUUUGCUCUGCCAUUGGCUUGAGGAGAGAGAUGGACAACUUCUUAAAUCACCAGUAGACCACAUCACUGAUUUAGAACUAAAAUAUGAAGGCUCUGGGAUCUUGGAGAAAAUCUACUUGCAAUGUCAAACUUUUUACUUCCCCUGAAGCACCAUUCAAGGGGAAAGGUAUAGAGAGCCAUGAGGUUCCUUGCAUACAUCCUUGGGUGCCCCAGAAAGAUGUUAAAUUUCCUUAAAUUCUGGUACAUCUCAGUGUGAGAUGGGACUUUGGGAAUCCUAUAUUGUGCUGGAGGCAUGUUUCAUGUUCUGCACUGAUAGUCAUGGUGUGACAAAUUUGGAAAGUGCACCCUAGGAGACACUGAAGCACUUUGCUGUGCAGGACAGAAGGGGCUGAGCCCCAGUCAGUCUGCCUUUGUAGACAUUAGAAAAGCAAGCAAAGGUGUGCCACAGGGCAGUGAGCAAAUCUGGCAGGCACGCAAAUCAGUCUUCCUUUUCCCUGUCCUAGAAGCAGGCCCCAUACCUGUGCAGUGAUCCUGUGUCAAGCAGCCAUUCUUCAAGCACAAUGGAGCCAAGUGCUGCACGGGAGGCUGCUUUCCUGGGAGCAAAAUGUAUAACGUUAGGAAGGUGACCUGGCACUAGCCUUGUCAGGAGAUGUGUCCCACAGCCCUGCCGCCCUCUGCUGAGCAGCCUUGUGCCACAUGCUAGCUCACAGAGGAAAAGCAGCCUUCAUCUCUUCCCUGGGCUGCUGCAGCCAGCAUCUGCACACCCACAUGCCAGUGGCAUGGGAGGGCAGGCACUGCCAUACCGGAGCUGGGCUGCUUGGUGCAGUGCCCUCUCAGCUAGAAACCACUGUCUGGUGUGGGUGUUACUCAGUUAGCUCUCUUGCAGAGUGGCUGCUCAGCCACAACUUCCUUAGGACAUAGUGCCAUCAAACCUGCUCUGAAGAGGGUCUUUCCAGUCUGGUGGAGACCCUUGUGGUUAUUUGCAUAUGGGGUGUUUGUUACAGCCUUCCUACCUUCACAGUGAAGGGGAAGGAGUGUUUUCCUUCUUCCCUGUGUGCCAGGGCUUUCUUCUAAGUCAGGCUUGCAUGGCUCGCAAGUGUGAAUUCCUAAGGCAGCCCUCCACGGGGGAAGUAAAUUUCCUUAUCUAUAAACACUUUCUGAGUUAGAGAUAUUCUAAUAACUCUGUAUUUAAAAAAAAUAUUGAGGAUGAAUGUUUGUAACCUUUUGAAUUGCACUUUAAUACAGGAGUAUUGAUACCUUUA